CGCUGCAUAAAUCCCCACCCCACCCCGUCACGGCCCGUCCCGUCUCGACCUCACGAUCUCCCCUCUGCUUCUAGACGCUCCCCCUCCUUGCUCUCUUGUCAUAAUAAAGAAGUCAGCACAAUGACUCGCGGCGACCAGCGGGAGCGGGACCGGCAGAGGGCGCAGGCGCGGCGGCCGGUGGCCAAGGGGCGCGACGACGGGCUCACGCCGGAGCAGCGGCGGGAGCGGGACGCCAAGGCGCUGCAGGAGAAGGCGGCCAGGAAGGCGGCGCAGGCCGCGGGAGGCGGCGACGCCAAGGGCGCGGGCAAGAACGCCGGCAAGUAGUAGCCUGUGUCGCCGGAUCCGGCGAGAUCGCGUUGUGUGGCCGGGUGGUGAAAUCUCUGUAAUCAUGUUGCAAGAUCUGUGUGUUGGUUGGAUAUGGAAAAAAAUCGGGAGUGGGAUGCGAUUUCUUCAGUGUUGGCACUUGCUUCGCCUAGAACAUGCAUUGCAAAAGCACAACAAUAUCGGCUGUUUUCCAUUAAAA